AGAAACAGCUACAAGAAGCAGUUCAAAACCCCCCUGAAAAUGAUACUGGAGAUCAUCAUCGGAAUUCUGUGCAUCAUUGGUUUUUUCUAUGUAAAGCUAAGACGACAAUGGACCUUUUGGAAAGACCACAACGUACCAUUCACUCCGCCCGAGUUUCCAUUUGGAUCUUCAGUAAUGCUCACUUGGAAUUCAUUUAGACAAAAAACUAAUUUUAAUGAAAUGGCCAGGAAUCAAGCCAUUGAUCUUGGGUUCCCAAAGUUCUACGGUAAUUACAUGUUUGGAGUACCAAAUAUGGUCGUGUGUGACCCGGAGAUGGCCAAUGACCUCGUCAAGAGUGUGGGUGAAGAAGCCAAGAGUGGAAAAACAUUCGAAUUGAAAGAAAAAUUCGGAAAGUUCAGCAUGGAUACCAUUGCCACUUGCGCCUUUGGUGUGAAUGCCAAGUCCUUCCAAGAUGAUGAUUCGACCUUUGCCAUGAAUGCUAAAGCUAUUUUCCGGAAUUCUAAAUUGGAAAUGUUGAAGAUCUUAUUGGCGUUGAUUCCUGGUGGAAAAACCGUUUUGUACAUGUUUGACACACCCAUUAGCAAGAAAGGCGUCACCAUGUUCUUUUAUGAUAUUAUUAAGGGAACCAUUGAGCAUCGAGUGAGGACCAAAACGAGACGAAAUGAUCUUGUGGAUUUGAUGAUUGACGCCAUGAAAGCCGAGAUCCCCAUUGAACAGGACAAAGAAGAGGAUGGUCGAUUUGACAAGGAUGCCAAAUUGAACCACAAAGUGGUGCAUAAGCAAGUUGAUGAGAUCACGAUGGUGGCCACAGCCUUGGUCAUUUUGGUAGCUGGAUAUGAUACUACAGCUCAAACAAUGGCAGUCACUAGUUACUUCUUGGCCAAAAAUGAAGACAUCCAAGAAAAGUUGUACCAAGAAAUUAUGGAGUGCGUGGGAGAAAUGGAGAGCGGAAGCGGUCACCCUGACUACAAUCAGAUUCAGAGUCUACCUUAUCUAGAUAUGGUCUUGCACGAGACUUUGAGAUUCAACCCAGUUCUUGGGGUUAUUACCAGAGCUUGCACCAAGGACUAUAUUAUUCCAGGCACUGAUAUUCUUCUGAAGAAAGGAAGUGAGGUUCAUAUAAAUGCCAUGGCCAUUCACGCAAAUCCCGACAUCUACCCAGAUCCAGAAAAGUACGACCCUGAACGGUUUACCAAAGAGGCCAAAUCGAACCGACAUCCGUACGCCUUCCUCGGAUUUGGUCAAGGACCCAGGAAUUGCAUUGGCAUGAGAUUUGCUCUCUUGGAGGCCAAACUGGGACUUUUUGCCGUACUGAGGAAGUACAAAUUUGUAGUUACCCCCAAGACCGUGGAUAAGUUUACCCUUGAUCCAAGUUCCGCCCUUUCCUCGCCUAAAGAACCGUUACUUGUCAAAGUUGUUGAGAGAUGAUAAAAGUAACGAAUUAAUUGUUAAAUUAGAUGAAUGCUGUAUCAAAGGAAAAUACAAUGUUUAUGUAUUUUUUUGGGUCGCCUAAGCGACAUUACAAGCUGCCACAA